AUGCCCAGGAGAGAUAGUGACGCUAAGCUGCAGCUCGUACUAGACGAACUCACAUCGUUGAAGUCGAAGCUUACUAAUUCAAGUUUCGUCUCCUCUGCUAGCACCUCGGGCGACCAACAAGGCGAGCUUGCAUUGUGCGAAGUGGUAGAAGACGUGAACAACGUGGAAAACAACCCCUAUUCCAACACGUACAACCCAGGAUGGAGGAAUCAUCCGAAUUUCUCCUACAAGAAUAACAAUGCUCUCAACCCUGCGCAGAACAACUAUCGGCCAAUACAAAACCAAAAUCAACGAAUUCCACCGGGGUUCGCCUUUCAGUCACGUCCUCCACAGAUGCAAAACCAAACGCAGAUACAGAGCCAGACAUACAGACCUCCAGUCCAAGACUUUCAAGCACCUACGCCUCCACCGCCGCAACAAGACAUUAACUCGGAGAUCAAAGCGAUGCUAGCACUACUCCUUCAAGGACAACAGAUGCAAGAGACCGUGCUACACGAUUUGAAGAUGGACCAAGAGGAAUUUAAGAAGCAGAUGGGGAGCAUGCAAGCUCAAGUGGAUGGGAUGCAGUCCCAUCUAAAACUACUUGACAACCAGGUUGCCCAAUUGGCCUCGACAUCUCAAAGACCGAAUGGAACACUUCCUGGGAAGCCUGAGAUAAACCCACGAGAGCAUUGUAAUGCCAUCACCCUAAAGGGUGGCAAGCAGCUUGAAGAGAUCACUCCGCCGAUGAUAGAAAAGGGGCAAGGCUCCAAAGCUAAAGAGGUUAUGAACGAAGAAGAUAAGGAAGUCUAUGUUCCUCCACCACCUAGACCUCCACCCGUCCCCUUUCCAUCUCGCUUGAAGAAAAACAAAGAAGAUCAACAAUUUGUUAGAUUUGCUGAGAUGCUGAAGAAGCUCGAGAUCACCAUGCCGUUCACAGAGGCUAUCCUACAAAUACCAUCUUACACGAAGUUCCUCAAGGACAUCCUCACGAAGAAAAGAGUCAUGGAAAAGGAGACAGUGUCGCUCAACAUGGAGUGUAGUGCAUUAAUUCAACGGGAGGGAGCCCGAUCACAUAUCCUUUACUGUUUGCUUUUCAAAGUGUGGUUGGCUUAUUAA